AUGCAGCUCCCCACCCCACCUGCUGGUGGUGACCGGCUUACCCGCAGUCCCACUGUCCCGCCCCGCUCACGUCACCGCAGCUGUGAAUGCAUCUGUCCUGUCCGCCUCGCCCACCGCACACCCGGCACUCACCCAGCCCCCACCCUCCAGCAGAGCAGCUGGGGCUGCCGCAGGCAGGAGCCCAGGAUGGGGGUUUGUCCUAAAAAACUACACAUUUUACACAAAAGGGAGAUUGAGAACAACCAGACGGAGAAGAAUGGCGAAGAGGAAAGAUAUGAACCUGAAGUUCAGUAUCAGAUUAUAUUAAAUGGAGAAGAAGUCAUUCUUCACCUACAAAAAACCAAGUAAGUCAUACCUCCUGAAAAUCUAACCACUGGGCACCUCAAUCCCAGUUCGUACAUUCCCACUGCUAUAGGAACACCAGGGGCAAACAUCUGUCCAGAUUAUAAGAACUAUAAGGAGAAUCUAACUCUGAUAAGAAGCUUCGUGUUUGACGUGGUGAACCUACUCAAUGUGAUUUAUAACACCAUAGAUGUUCACGUGGCCUUGGUAGGUAUGGAAAUCUGGUCUGAUAGUGAUAAGAUAAAGGUGGUACCCAACACAGACACCAUCUUUAAGAACUUCCUGAGAUGGCAUCGUUCUAACCUGGGGAAAAAGAAGAUACAUGACCAUGCUCAACUUCUCAGUGGGAUUGGCUUCAGCAAUCGACGUGUAGGAAUGGCAGCCUCCAAUUCCUUGUGUUCCCCAUCUUCAGUGGCUGUUAUUGAGGCUGAAAGAAAGAACAAUGUGGCUCUCGUAGGAGUGAUGUCACAUGAGCUGGGCCAUGUCCUGGGGAUGCCUGAUGUUCCAUAUGAUACUAAAUGUCCCUCUGGCAGUUGUGUGAUGAAUCAAUAUCUGAGAAAUAUUAAUCUAAUUAAGAUGAUGACAGCAUCUUUUCCCAUCAUCAAUCAACCCAUCAAUUUUAUGUAUUUAGAUUGCUCCAGUCUGUGCUGUGAGGCCCUGACCUGCAAACUGAAGCCUGCCGCUGACUGCGGAGACAUCCCCAACCAUAUCACAGGAUACUUCACACGUCGUGAUCAAAGAUAUCUGAUAAAGCCUCUGAAAAGCUCCGACCAGAAAGAACAUGCUAUCUUUGUAUAUAGCCAGGAGGAACUAGACCCAGCUAAAGAGACAUGUGGUGUGAGGAGUGUUGGCAGGAAACAAGGCAGGAUUCGAACCUCUAGGUCCCUAGAAAGCCCAGAGCAAGAAGAUUUCCUUCAGGCACAGAAAUACAUUGAUCUCUUUUUGGUGCUGGAUAAUGCCUUUGUGAGUAUGAACUAUGUGUGCCUCCUGGCCAGCUUAGUCCACUAUUAA